UGGUUCAUGGUGGCGGUGCAGGGUAGGUUAGAUCUCACGGUGCGUCAUUGAUCAGCAUCAGUUAGACCUUCGUAUAGUGCUAUCCACGUGCAUCAAAUCCCUCACACGCCCGUUGGCCUGCGCAUACUGGAGUAACUUAUUCGAUGAGUUUUUACUCAUUUGAUAUACUUGUGACGGGCAGCUAAAAGUGUUGGAGCUCCCGGCUUCCCAAUGAUGGAUGACCACGACAGCACGACGGGUCUAGGAUCCUCCGGCCAUUAUGACCCCGAUGAGAUGCCAUUCUUCGAGGCUGAUGAAAGUGCGGAGGCGGAGCCCUGUCUUGGUGAUGAGCAUAGCCAGCGGCCUCCUCCUGUUUUCAUCACAAUGCAUCGGUGAGAGACGAAGACGUCGUGCGGAAAUGCAACCUUGCUUGAACUAGGUGCUGAUUGAUUCCCAGCGUCAGAUGCCUCAUCAUGGCAAGCAUUGAUGAUCCCUAUACACUGGAGCAGUUGACCAGCCCGAGGGUGAACACGCUUGUCGUCCGGCCUUUGGUGGACCGGCUCUAUGAUCCCGAUGAUCUUUUGAUAGUGUACUGCCUUCUAGCCAACCGCGUACAAUUCCUCCGCGAGCAGUCCACGGCCGCCCAUCAAAGCGUCGGUCUCGCCAGGGCGACGCUGUGCGAGCUGGUAGCAACGCGCAUCCUGCGCAAGUUUCGCGAGGACAACCCCGGGCCUCCGGGCCUCCUCCUGCUGGCCAAGAUCCUCGUCGAAGGCUACGACCCCUUCUCCGGUGCGCCGGAAGAUGUCCAGCGCUCUGGGCGCUACCGCCAGUGGCCGGUUCAGGAGCGUGGCGGGAACGAGAGGAAGCUCACUGCCCUCGAGCUGGCGAUCCUCUCCGAGAGCAAGAACUUCAUCAACUCGAAAGCCUGUCAGAUGGUUGUCAAUGCGGUGCAUCAAGGGCAGGUCGUUUAUUCGCCCUUGUCAUUCAUCGAUAUUUUGCCCGACCAUUACAAGCACCAGCCCGUUUCCUUGUACGACCCCUCCAAGGCGCCUCUCUUCAACCAUUAUCGCCUCAUUGUCCCUCGUUCUCGGAGCAUCAUCGAGCUGGUCCACUUUAUUGUGUUGAUCCUGCUGUAUAUCACGGUCAUGGUCCAUCGCAACAGCGCUAACCUGGGCCUUUAUGAGACUGUAUUCAUCACCUACACUGCCGGUUGGGUUCUCCACGAACUUGCCUCCAUCAUCGAGCACGGCUGGGCAGUUCACUCUCAAAGCCUCUGGUCCUUUUUGGACCUAACCUUUAUACUCAUUUUCGGCUUGUAUGUUCUUGCCCGGGUGUAUGACGUCUGCGUCGGGCAUGUUCACGACGGCAUCGCCCUUCACGUGCUGUGCAUGGCGGCGCCGGUUUUGCUCACCCGCAUCGCGUUCAACCUCAUGCCUGAUAACAUUCUCUUCAUCUCGCUCCACGCCAUGAUGAAGGACUUUCUCGUGCUGACAUUCCUCGCCAUCUGGUGCUUCACCGGCUUCUUCCUGGCGCUGCAGUGGCUGGUGACGAACGGCGACAGCUCUGCGGGCCCGAAGUGGUACACGGUGAUAAAAUGGCUUCUUUGGAUCUGGUUUGGCCUGGAUGGGACGGGGAUUGAAGAGUCUUUCCAGUUCCAUGCCGUCCUGGGCCCGGCGCUGAUGAUUGCGUUUGCUUUCCUCGGCAACACCUUGUUUCUCACGAUCCUGGUUGCGCUGCUAACCAACACGUUCUCGAGGAUCGUCGCGGCAGAAAGGGCGGAAAUUCAAUUCCGGCGCGCCGUUCUCACAUUCGAAGGCGUAAAGAGCGACGCCAUUUUCGCGUACCCGCCGCCGUUUAACAUUCUCGCCCUCGUCAUCCUUCUCCCGCUCAAGUUCCUCAUCACGCCGCGAGCGUUUCACAGCACGCACGUGGCUAUGGUCCGGGUGGUGAACGCGCCCAUUUUACUGCUUAUUACCUUCUACGAGCGCCGGAUCUGGAGCCAGGCCGCCUUGGGAGGUUCCAGGUCAAUGAGGUGGCAGUUCACGGGCUACUCGCCUCACGGGGACAUCCAGGCCGUCUUCGAGGCCAAGCAGCCGCCGGGGAUUCAAGAAGAAGCGGAUGAAAUUGACGGGCUGAGUGAGAUGGGAUUCAUGGACCAUGAUGUACUCUCGAGGUCGUCGAGGGAAAUUAAGCGGCCGGCAGUGUUCCAGCUGGGGAAUAGCAGACAGCGAGGGAUCAGCCCUAGGUCGAUUGAGGGAUUGCCCUUUAGUCUAUAAUAAUACCAAAACAACGUCUAAAUCUUCAUGUAACUGCUUCACAUUAGACAGUCUCGGGACGAUGGACACACACCAUCGAACACAGGGAGCACCCGCUCGGUCAAGCUUUUGCCAAGGCCACGAAGCCCGCUCUGAGUCCCAG